UUGCAGGAAGCUCCACCCGCUGUGGGCGCCGCUGCCGCUGACGCAAGGUUGAUUGGGCUGCUUCCUCCCAAUUGGAAAUCGAGGAAGAAGCUGAAGGAGGAUGGUUUCGAAAACAACGACGUCAUGGGAAGCCCAGGCAUGGUUCGCGGGCCGAGUAUGGGAGGAUUGGUCGGCGGGCUGUUGUAUGGAGUUGAUCCGGAGACUUCCAGUGAUGGUGAUCUUAUGGUGAAGUUGGCGGAUUGUGAUAGUACUAUAGUCUUGGCUCAAGUUGGGGAGCACGGAAGGGAGAUUCAAGCUGCUGCGGCGAGAGCGAUUAAAGCUGAUGGCAGGGUUGAUUUACAUGAAGAGGAUGGGGUAUCCACUGUCGAGCUGAAUCAAACGCAAUUGCCGGGGAGAGCCUAUGACGGGUUAGCUAUUGAAAAUGGGAGGGGUUUUCUCCACGUUGACGCAUCGGGGUAUUCAUUUCAAUUGCUGGAGGAAAGCGAUUGCCGUGGCAUCAAGAUAAAGGUGUCAUGGUUCUGUUCUAUAAUGGACAUUGCUAGUGGUUCGGCACCAGGAGUGACAAAUGAAGAAAAUACCAAUGCCUUUAAGAGGAAGUCUGGUGAUAUAGGUUGGGAAUAUGGAAGAUUGGCGGAUCCAAAAAAUAAGGAGAAAGUGCGGUGUAAUUUUUGUGGCCAUGUAAGUACCGGAGGUAUCUCUCGAUUCAAGCAUCAUAUUGCCCAAGAUUCAAGUUCAGUGCUUAAGUGCCCGAAGGCACCACCAGAAGCUAAAGAAGCAUGCUUGAAAGCCUUUGAGAAUACAGCAAAAAAGAAGAAAGAGAAAACUGCCCGUGAACAGGAGUUAAGAGAUGAUGUGAUUGUUUCCUCUGGUCAACAAGAUGAAGAAAUGACUUGUGUUGGUAGUUCAGAACCUCACAAGUUAGGACCCAUAGAUAAGUGGACACGUUCUAUUGAUCCUAAGUUGUCUUCAGCUGCAUCACUUCAUCAACAGAAGUUAAAUAAGGCACUUUGGGAAGAGAGAACACUUCAAGUUCAACAAUAUGUUGCAAGAUGGGUGUAUACACAUGCUAUACCAUUCAAUGCAAUUGAUAAUGACGAGUUCAAGCAAAUGUGUGAGGCUAUUGGUCAGUUUGGCCCAGGAUUUGUGCCUCCUACUCAAUAUGAUCUCCGAGAGCCAUUGCUGAAAUCAGAAUAUACAAGAACAAAAAGCUUGCUCAGUGAUCGUGAUGAUGAGAAGAUGAGGAACGGCUGUUCUAUUAUGACUGAUGCAUGGACAGACAUGAAGAGAAGAAGCAUAAUGAACAUGGUCACACAUUGUGCUGAGGGAACAAGCUUCAUCAAGUCAAAAGACACAUCGGAUGUGUCACACACAAGUGAAGUCAUCUUCAACCUAGUGGACAAAACAAUUGAAGAGUUAGGUGUUGAACAUGUGGUGCAAGUUGUGACGGACAAUGCUUCCAAUAACAUGGGAGCAAAGAAGCUCUUGUUGGAGAAAAGACCAAAUAUUUUUUGGAGCUCCUGCGCAACUCAUACCAUCAACUUAAUGCUUCAAGGAAUUGCCAACUUGUCAAAGUUCAAGAAGGUAAUUGACCAAGCUAAGAGUUUCACUAUCUUCAUUUAUGGGCACCAUCGUACAUUGGAAUGCAUGAGGUUCUUCACCAAGAAGAGAGAAAUCAUAAGACCAGGAGUAACCCGAUUUGCUUCUCAAUAUCUCACCUUGCAAAGUUUGAUGGACAAAAAAGAUGCACUCAGGAAGAUGGUGGUGGAUAGGAAGUGGGAGAGCUUGAAAGAUGCACACACAAAGAAGGUCAAGGAAGCAACAACAACAGUGUUGAAUGCAUCCUUUUGGAAAGGUGUACACCUUUGCUUGAGGGUUUUUGAACCAUUGGUAAAAGUUCUUCGUUUGGUUGAUGGUGAUGUGAAACCAUCUAUGGGGUUUGUUUAUGGUGAAAUUGUGAAGGCAAAGAGGGAGAUCAAAGAGGCAUUUAGUAAUGUGGAGAUUCGCUACAAAGAAGUUAUGGAUAUUGUUGACAAGAAGAUGAAGGGAAGACUUGAUGCUCCAUUGCAUUGCACUGCAUAUAUGUUGAAUCCACACUACAGUUAUGCCGAUGAGUCCAUCUUUGAUGAUGGAAACAUCACCAAAGCAUUCAUGGAUUGCGUUGAGACAUUUUACAGUGGGGAUGAUGACAAGCAAGAUCAGGUUGUGAAUUAUGAAUUUCAGAAGUUUCAAAAGAGAGAAGGUGCCUUUGGGAAGAAACUUUCAAGGAGUUGUCAAAACUUCGAUUACAAUCCUGGUUAG